CCUUCCUGCUCUUCUUCUCGUCCAGUUCGUCCAUCUGAUAUCCCCACCCAUCCUCUCCGCCUCGCGGAUCUCGCCAUGCACCGCCGCUGAUCCCCAACCUCUCCGCCGCUGCGCCGCAAGGCCAAUCCCACCCCCGAACGCCACCAGAUCUGCGCGCCUCCGCAUUGCGCGCUGCUCACCUGCCCCCUUCCACUCCACCCCCGCUCUCUCUCUCGAAUCGCUCGCGGUUUUCACUGUCGUUGACCGAUUCCGCCCGCAUUUUUAUUCCCGAGACCUUGUUCGGUGUUUGGUGUUGAUGUCGUAAAGCCCUAGCAAUGGCGGAGGAACCCCGCGAGUCGUUGGAUUCCUCGCCGGAGCCGCCGCCCCCGGGGCAGGACUCCGACGAGCAGUUCUCGGCGGUCCCGCUCGCCGACGAGGUGCGUGCAGAGGGGAGCGAGCUGGAUCCGGAUACGAGCGCGGGCACGUCGGUGGCGGUCACGCCGGCGCGGUCGGAGCCGUCGCCGCCGCCGCCGAGGAGGAGAAGGCCUCGGCCGCUGGGCGUGCCGCCGGACGCCCCGCAGGAGGUUGUGCGGGCGGUCGACGACGCGAUCAUGGUCGGAGGCGGGGCCGCGGCGGCGGCCGGGGUGAACCGCCUCCACGAGAUGGUCUCCGAGGAACAGGGCGAGUUGCCGCACACCGUCGUGGACGUGCUGCUUGGCACCAUGGGCGGCGCCGAUGGCCUCGACGAGGUAGAAGACAAGACCGGCACCGGCGCUCCCCCAAGCAUCAUGUUCAACUCGAGAGCCGCCGUUGUUGCCGCGGAGCUCCUGCCUUACCUCCCCUGCGGCGAUGAGCCAUCUCCGCGCACUCGUAUGGCCGUGGGCAUUCACGCCACGCUCCGCGCCUGCACACGCAAUCGUGCCAUGUGCUCUUCAUCGGGCCUUCUACCCGUCCUCCUCGAUUCUGCUGAGAAGCUACUCAUUGGAAUGGGUCGGGCAAGUAGCUGGGACGGAACACCACUGCUCCAUUGCAUCCAGCUAUUGGGUGGGCACUCGCUUAGCGUGAAGGACUUGCAUUCGUGGCUUGGUUUGGUUAAGAAGGCGCUUGGUACAAGCUGGGCAACACCACUGAUGCUGGCACUUGAGAAAGCCAUGGGGAGUGAGGAAGCAAGAGGUCCUGCUGCGACAUUUGAGUUUGACGGGGAGAGCUCUGGCUUGCUUGGCCCUGGUGACAGCAGGUGGCCCUUCUCUAAUGGCUACGGGUUUGCUACUUGGAUUUACAUAGAAUCAUUCUCAGAUACACUUAGUACAGCAACAGCUGCAGCUGCCAUUGCUGCUGCAGCCGCAGCAACAUCUGGAAAAUCAUCAGCAAUGUCAGCAGCUGCUGCAGCCAGCGCUCUUGCAGGAGAAGGAACAACACACAUGCCUAGACUUUUUAGCUUUCUCUCUUCAGAUAAUCAGGGUGUGGAGGCUUACUUCCAUGGACAGUUCUUGGUGGUGGAAAGUGGGGGUGGGAGGGGUAAGAAGGCUUCUCUGCACUUCACUUAUGCGUUUAAACCUCAGCGAUGGUACUUCGUUGGGUUGGAGCACACAAACAAGCAUGGUUUGCUUGGAAAGGGCGACAGUGAAUUGCGGUUGUACGUUGAUGGAAGCUUGCAUGAGAGUCGUCCUUUUGAGUUCCCACGCAUCUCAAAACCACUAGCAUUUUGCUGCAUUGGAACGAAUCCUCCACCAACUAUUGCAGGCCUGCAGAGGCGGAGGCGACAAUGUCCAUUGUUUGCAGAAAUGGGACCUAUAUACAUUUUUAGGGAGCCAAUUGGGCCAGAAAGGAUGGGUCGUCUGGCAUCCCGUGGAGGAGAUGUACUCCCUAGUUUUGGAAAUGGUGCAGGUUUGCCUUGGAGAGCAACCAAUGACCAUGUUAAGAACAUGGCCGAAGAGAGUUUUACAUUGAACCAACAGAUAGGAGGAUGCUUACAUCUUCUUUAUCAUCCUAGUCUUCUGAAUGGACGAUUAUGUCCAGAUGCUUCCCCUUCUGGCUCAGCAGGCACUCACCGAAGGCCUGCAGAAGUUCUUGGGUUGGUUCAUGUUUCAUCUCGUGUGCGGCCUGCGGAGUCUUUAUGGGCCUUAGCCUAUGGGGGUCCAAUGGCUUUACUUCCGUUGACUAUAAGCAAUGUGCAGAUGGAUAGUCUUGAACCUAUGCUUGGUGAAUUGUCGAUUGCCACUGCUUCUCUUUCUGCCCCAAUUUUCAGGAUUAUUUCCCUGGCUAUUCAGCAUCCUGGAAAUAAUGAAGAAUUAUGUCGGACAUGUUCACCGGAGAUUUUGUCACGUGUUUUACAUUACCAAUUACAAGCAUUUCCAAAGAUGGAAGGUGGAGAGGGGGAGGCAGUGACUGAUGAGGAGCUAGUUGAUGCAAUUGUAUCCUUGUGCCAAUCUCAAAGAAACAACCAUGAGCUUAAAGUGCAGCUUUUCAGUACUUUGCUGUUGGACCUGAAGAUGUGGAGUUCAUGUACUUAUGGUUUACAGAAGAAGCUUCUGUCCUCGCUUGCAGACAUGAUAUUUACAGAGGCUGCUUGCAUGAGGGAUGCAAAUGCAUUGCAAAUGCUUCUUGAUAGCUGCAGAAGGUGCUACUGGGCAAUCCGGGAACCAAAUUCGAUCGAUAACUUUGCCCUUACUGGAACAAAGAGAUCCUUGGGUGAAAUUAAUGCUCUGAUUGAUGAACUCUUGGUUGUUGUUGAACUUCUGUUAGGAUCAGCAUCUUCCACAGCAGCUUCUGAUGAUGUUCGCUGCUUGAUUGGAUUUGUUGUUGAUUGCCCACAGCCUAAUCAGGUUGCAAGGGUGUUGCACCUCAUCUAUAGGUUGAUUGUGCAGCCUAACAUUUCUAGAGCCAACAUGUUUGCUCAGUCAUUCAUAUCUUGUGGUGGUGUGGAUGCACUUCUCGUUCUUUUACAGAGGGAAGCUAAAGCUGGUAACAACAGUAUUUUGGACAAUUCUGAUGCACUUUUAAGUGAAAAUGAUUUUUUAAGGAAUGAUGAUUCAGACACAAAAGCUGCUAGUGGUGAAGCAAAGAGCCAGGAUGAUCAAAUUCAAUCAGUUGAACUUGAACAGCACGAAUCCAUCCUUCAUGAAGAACAUACUGAGCUGGGAUCUACAAGCACAAAUGAUGUGCCUUGUGAGAUUUUGGGAUCAAGUAUAGGAAGGAAGUUGUCCAGUUCUGAAAAUCAGCUGCUAAAGAAUUUGGGUGGCAUCAACUUCUCAAUUACUGCUGACAAUGUCCGGAAUAAUGUUUACAAUGUUGACAAAGGUGAUGGCAUUGUUGUUGGAAUCAUUCACAUUUUGGGUGCUCUAGUUGCAUCAGGUCACCUAAAGUUUGCCUCAAGGGCUGCAAAUCCAAAUUUACCUGGUGGCCUUCUGACGACAGUUCAUGAAGAAGGAAAUACCAUGUCAGAAGAUAGAGUGUCACUGUUACUGUUUGCUCUGCAGAAAGCAUUUCAAGCAGCCCCAAGGAGGCUUAUGACUGUAAAUGUCUAUAUGGCUUUAAUUUCUGCUGCGAUCAAUGUUUCUUCAGUUGAUGAAAAUCUAAACCUAUAUGAUUGUGGCCACCGUUUUGAACAUAUUCAACUGUUGCUAGUCUUGCUCCGUUCGCUUCCAUAUGCAUCAAGGUCAUUCCAAUCUCGUGCUAUACAGGAUCUUCUGUUUUUGGCUUGCAGUCAUCCAGAGAAUAGAACCACGAUGACCUCAAUUUCAGAAUGGCCAGAAUGGAUUUUGGAGGUUUUGAUUUAUAAUCAUGAGAUGGGUGCUAAGAAAUAUGCUGAUGGCAUAAGCAUUGGUGAUAUUGAAGACCUCAUACACAAUUUCCUGAUUAUCAUGUUGGAGCAUUCAAUGCGGCAAAAAGAUGGGUGGAAGGAUGUGGAAGCAACAAUUCAUUGUGCAGAGUGGCUUUCAAUGGUUGGAGGAUCUAGCACAGGAGACCAAAGAAUCAGACGGGAAGAAUCAUUGCCAAUUUUAAAAAGGAGAUUGCUAGGCGGUCUGCUUGAUUUUUCUGCCAGAGAACUUCAAGUCCAGACUGAAGUAAUUGCUGCAGCUGCAGCUGGUGUUGCAGCUGAGGGUUUAUCUCCUGAAGAAGCAAAAACCCAAGCGGAAAAUGCUGCUCAUCUUUCAGUAGCACUAGCGGAAAAUGCAAUAGUUAUUCUGAUGCUUGUAGAAGAUCAUCUGAGGUCACAAGGUCAACAUUUUUGCACAUCCAGAUCACUUGAUAGUGCUGUCCCUUCUGCCUCAAUGGUUUCGUCUGCUGCCAGUCGAUCAAAUUCAUUGUGUAGAAGUGGUAAUGAGCCUAUGGAUGCUGGGACCUCAAGACGAUCAUCUUUGUCCACUGAUGCUGGUGGCCUUCCAUUAGAUGUGCUUACUUCAAUGGCUGAUUCAAACGGACAAAUCUCUGCUGCUGUGAUGGAGCGUCUUACAUCAGCAGCAGCAGCUGAACCUUAUGAAUCUGUCAAACAUGCAUUUGUUUCUUAUGGGAGCUGCAUUGCAGAUCUUGCUGAAAGUUGGAAGUACAGGAGCCGCUUGUGGUAUGGCGUUGGAAUCCCAUCCAAAUCUGAUACAUUUGGUGGCGGUGGAAGUGGUUGGGAAUUUUGGAAAUCUGUUCUGGAGAAGGACUCAAAUGGGACUUGGGUUGACCUUCCACUUGUGAAGAAAUCAGUUGCAGUGCUGCAGGCAUUGCUGUUAGAUGAUUCUGGACUUGGUGGUGGUCUAGGUAUUGGAGGGGGCUCCGGCCCUGGUAUGGGAGUUAUGACUGCACUUUAUCAGUUGCUGGAUAGCGACCAGCCAUUCCUUUGCAUGCUCAGAAUGACUCUUGUUUCAAUGAGGGAGGAUGACAAUGGUGAAGGUGAUGCCUUCACAGGCAACAUCAGCAUAAAAGAUGUCAUAUCGGAAGGGUUGGGCCAUCAAGCUGGAAGCAUGAUGCCACUUGACAGCAACAAUCGCUCAUCUACAAGGAAACCCCGAUCUGCACUUCUGUGGAGUGUGCUUGGUCCCAUUCUCAAUAUGCCAAUUAAUGAAUCUAAGAGACAAAGGGUGUUGGUUGCUUCCUCUAUUCUCUAUUCAGAGGUAUGGCAUGCUAUUGGUAGGGACAGGAGCCCCCUAAGGAAACAGUACAUUGAGCUGAUUUUACCACCAUUUAUAGCCAUCUUGAGAAGGUGGCGUCCACUAUUGGCUGGUAUUCAUGAGCUAACUUCUUCAGAUGGGCAAAAUCCACUGAUUGCUGAUGAUCGCGCUUUGGCAGCAGAUGCAUUACCCAUUGAGGCUGCUCUUUCAAUGAUAUCACCUGGUUGGGCUGCUGCUUUUGCCUCACCACCUGUUGCAUUGGCAUUAGCCAUGAUGGCUGCUGGUGCCUCUGGAACAGAAGCAAUAGCACCUCCAAGGACCUUGAACAGGCGUGACACGUCAGUGCCUGAGCGUAAAGCAGCACCAAAACUACAGUCUUUUACAAGUUUCCAGAAGCCUAUUGAAACAGCACCCAACAAGCAUGGAUCCACACCAAAGGAUAAAGCAGCUGUCAAAGCAGCAGCAUUAGCUGCUACUCGGGACCUUGAGCGGACUGCUAAGAUUGGUUCAGGAAGGGGUCUUAGUGCUGUAGCAAUGGCAACAUCAGGACAAAGGAGGAGUGCAGGUGAUAUUGAGCGUGCAAAGAGGUGGAACACAUCUGAAGCUAUGAGUGCUGCUUGGAUGGAGUGCCUGCAAUCAGUUGAUUCCAAGUCAGUUUCAGGAAGGGAUUUUUCAGCCCUUUCAUACAAAUAUGUCGCUAUUCUUGUCUCUGGUUUUGCGUUGGCGCGGAACUUACAGCGAGUUGAGAUGGAGAGGCAAACACAAGCUGAUGUGCUGAAUCGACAUCGGGUGUCAACUGGAGUUCGAGCAUGGCGCCAUCUUCUUCAUUGCCUAACAGAGAUGGACAGACUAUAUGGACCUUUCGGUGAACCCUUGUGUGCUCCUGAUCGUAUUUUCUGGAAAUUAGAUUUUACUGAAAGUUCUUCAAGGAUGAGAAGAUUUAUGAAAAGGAACCACAAGGGGUCUGAUCAUUUGGGUGCAGCUGCUGAUUAUGAAGAGCGAAAGCUAAGUAAUGUUGCACAAUCAAAUGAAUGCAACCCAGAGGGUACAGAACCUUUAGUAACAGACACACUUCCAUCAACUGCACCUAUAAUAACGGCUGAGGCCAUGUCAGUGGAUGACAGAAAUGAGGACAAUGAGCAGUUAGAAUCAGACACAACUCAAAGCAGUGUUGACGAUCGACUCCAACAAGCAGAUCAACAGUCUGUGAAAGGAUCAAUAGAUUCACGAGGUUCUGGCAUUUCUGCUGAUCGCAAUUUGGUUCGGUCGACGGUUAUUGCACCUGGAUAUGUGCCUAGUGAUGCUGAUGAGAGAAUUAUUGUUGAGCUUCCAUCGUCGAUGGUGCGACCAUUGAAAGUUGUACGAGGAACAUUCCAAGUAACAUCUAAGAGGAUUAACUUUAUAAUUGAUGAGAGUGCAAGCGAGAGUAACAUGGAUGAUCAUGCGUCCACUAGCGGCCAAUGUGAUCAACAGGAUAAAGAUAGGAGUUGGUUGAUCUCCUCUCUGCAUCAGAUAUAUAGCAGACGAUAUUUGUUGCGGCGAAGUGCUUUGGAAUUGUUUAUGGUAGAUAGGUCAAAUUUCUUUUUUGAUUUUGGGGAUAUGGAAGCACGCAAAAAUGCUUAUCGGGCAAUUGUUCACAGCAAGCCUCCCAAUUUGAAUGACAUUUUUCUAGCUACCCAGAGAGCUGAGCAAAUUCUCAAAAGAACUCAGUUGACGGAGCGCUGGGCUAACUGGGAGAUUAGCAAUUUUGAGUACUUGAUGGAACUGAACACACUGGCUGGACGAAGUUACAAUGACAUAACUCAGUAUCCUGUUUUUCCUUGGAUAAUUGCUGAUUACCGAUCCGAAAUUCUUAAUCUGGAUGACCCAUGUACAUAUCGGGAUCUUUCAAAGCCGAUUGGUGCACUAAACCCUGAGCGACUAGAAAAAUUCCAAGAGCGCUACUCUACGUUUGAGGAUCCAAUCAUCCCAAAGUUCCAUUAUGGUUCACAUUACUCCAGUGCUGGCACGGUCUUGUAUUACCUUUUCAGGGUGGAACCUUAUACUACGCUCUCAAUACAGCUGCAAGGCGGCAAAUUUGAUCAUGCUGAUCGUAUGUUUUCUGAUCUAUCUGGUACAUGGGACAGUGUUCUUGAAGACAUGAGUGAUGUAAAAGAGCUAGUCCCUGAGAUGUUUUACCUCCCUGAAGUAUUUACCAAUAUAAAUUCUAUCGACUUCGGGACAACUCAGCUUGGAGGAAAGCUAGAUUCUGUAAAUUUGCCUCCUUGGGCUGAGGACCCUGUUGAUUUUGUCCAUAAACACCGGAAGGCUCUUGAGAGUGAGCAUGUUUCUGCUCAUUUGCAUGAGUGGAUUGAUUUAAUAUUUGGAUUUAAACAGAGGGGUAAAGAAGCAGUAAUGGCCAACAAUGUGUUCUUCUACAUUACAUAUGAAGGAACUGUGGACAUUGACAAAAUCACAGAUCCAGUGCAACGGCAAGCCAUGCAAGAUCAAAUUGCUUACUUUGGACAAACACCAUCUCAAUUGCUAACUAUUCCCCACAUGAGGAGAAAGCCAUUGGCAGAAGUUUUACAUCUACAGACUAUAUUCCGGAAUCCAAGUGAACUUAAAUCAUAUUUACUUCCAAAUCCAGAUCGCUGCAAUGUUCCGGCCAGUACCAUGUUUGUAUCCAAUGACUCUAUUGUAGUUGUAGAUGUAAAUGUGCCUGCUGCUCAUGUGGCACUUCACCAUUGGCAACCAAAUACUCCAGAUGGCCAAGGGACACCCUUUCUAUUUCAUCAUGGUAGAAAUGCUGCAAAUUCAACCGGUGGUGCACUGAUGCGCAUUUUUAAAGGAUCUGCUAGUUCUGGAGAAGAUUAUGACUUCCCAAGAGCUAUAGCAUUUGCUGCUUCUGGCAUCCGUAGUUCAGCAGUUGUUGCUGUCACAUGUGACAAAGAGAUUAUCACUGGUGGGCAUGCUGAUGGUUCUGUGAAGUUGAUCUCCCCAGAUGGAGCGAAGACUAUUGAAACUGCUACUGGACAUCUUGCUCCUGUUACCUGCCUUGCACUUUCUCAUGAUAGCAACUACCUUGUAACAGGGUCUCGAGAUACCACAGUUAUACUCUGGAGGAUUCAUCAGGCAGGCUCCUUACAUAAGAAAAAUGCCCCUGAGCCUCCACCAACAACUCCGACAACACCACGCAGUCCUAGUGUGAGCAACCUUACAGAAAUCAGGAGGCGUCGAAUUGAAGGUCCUAUGCAUGUAUUGAGAGGACAUCUUGAGGAAGUGACUAGCUGUUCAGUCAGUCCUGACUUGGGACUUGUUGUAUCCUCAUCAAACAUGUCAGGUGUUCUUCUACAUUCUUUGAGGACUGGUCGUCUGAUAAGGAAGCUUAAUGUAGCGGAGGCACAUGCUGUAUGCUUAUCUUCUCAAGGGGUCAUUCUGGUUUGGAAUGAAUCAAAGAAAAGACUAUCUACAUUCACUGUCAAUGGACUCCCUAUUGCUACCACAGUUCUAUCACCUUUUUGUGGACGGGUUAGUUGCAUUGAGAUUUCUACUGAUGGCCAUUUCGCCUUAAUGGGAACAUGUUCUUCAAGCAAUUAUAAGUGUGAGGACAGUACUGAGACUGGGGAUCAUGAACCUAAUGAACCAAAUGGCAAGGAUGGCAUAUCUAAACAAGCUGAAACUAGGCAAUCUGUUCAUGUGCCUUCUGUAUGCUUUGUUGAUCUGCAUAAACUUAAGGUAUUUCAUACAAUGGAGCUGGGGAAAGGCCAGGACGUCACAGCAAUCGCUCUAAACAAAGAGAACACAAAUCUUCUACUGUCUACUGCUGAUAAGCAGCUAAUAGUGUUCACUGAUCCUGCUUUGAGCUUGAAGGUAGUGGAUCAGAUGUUACGUCUUGGUUGGGAAGGUGACGGGCUUCUUCAGUCAUGAGCAAAAAGCAUUUAUUUUGGUAAAUCAUUACUAGCUUAAAGAUCAUUUUCUGUUCGUGUUAGCAUAAUGAAUCGAUGGCUCGAGAUGUACUAUCUGUACAAAGUGGAUAAGUAAUAGGACCUGCGAGUUAGGCUGAGCAAAGGCUAGGUCGUACACCAUAUCCAGCAGAUCAUAUUAUUCAGCGAACUGCUGAGUAAACGAACUUUAUCGAGUAGCCCUGUAAAAAUCCCGAUGGUUUUUCUUUUUGUAGAAUGGGUGAAUAGUCAUUUUACAUUGUUUGCAGCGUUGUAUCCAUUUUUGGUUGCUCGGUUCAGACAGUUUUCUGUCUUACAAUUCUCUGUAGGGUGAACCAGUGUGAGCAACCCCAUUUUUGUACAUGUAAAUUUUGGCAUUUGGCUAUGUUUUGAGUAUACGGAUGCAACCAUCACAUAGAGGUUAUGCUGAGACUAUUCGCCGUUAAUUGGUCAAAGAUUUUAUGUAAAA